GUCCUGGAGAAAAACACCAUGUUAGCAGCUUUAGUGGAGCAGCUGAAGAAGACUGGACUCCAAGCUGCUGCAGCUGAUCACUGCUAUGCUGGACCUGAAGAUGUGGCCUGUGAUGUCUGCACUGGGAGGAAGCUGAGAGCCAUCAAGUCCUGUUUAUUCUGUCUGGUCUCUUACUGUGAGAAACACCUCCAACCUCACUAUGAUGUAGUUCAGCUUAAGAAACACAAGCUGGUGGCCCCCUCCAAGAAGCUCCAGGACAACAUCUGCUCUCGUCACGAUGAGGUGAUGAAGAUUUUCUGUCGUACUGAUCAGCAGAGUAUCUGUUAUCUCUGCACAAUGGAUGAACAUAAAGGCCAUGAAACAGUCUCAGCUGCAGCAGAAAGGACUGAGAAGCAGAAGGAGCUCGAGGUGAGACGACUCAACAUCCAGCAGAGAAUCCAGGAGCGAGAGAAAGAUGUGAAGCUGCUUCAGCAGGAGGUGGAGGCCAUCAAUGGCUCUGCUGAUAAAGCAGUGGAGCACAGUGAGAAGAUCUUCACUGAGCUGAUCCGGCAGAGCGUCUCCACGCUCCACAAAUCUGAUGCUUCUGAUUUGGAGGAAAUGAGCUGA